AUGGAUCAUCAGACCAUGUCAAAUGUACCGCCCCGUGUGGGGUCAGCACCGCUCUCACACCAUCAGCAGCCGUUUCAACGGGUUCCAAACCGUACUAUGGGGGUGUUUCGUGGUUGUCCACCACGUCCUGGCAGCGAGCGGCCACCGUCGCUGCAGCCUCCUCAAUCAAACUUCUUUGAUCGGACGGCACCGCCUCAACCGUCAGAGCCCCCGGCGCCUAGUAACCCAGCCAACUGCAUCUACGAUAUAGCGGAGUUUGUCAAAUUUCAGCAUACAAAGGAGUCACCGCCAAAAGGUAUUCUUGAAUUUGUCAAGGAGUUAUGGAGGGAGAUGCCGGAGAAUAAGGAUAGUAGGCCGGAGCACAUUCUUUCUCGCGAGGAUUUUUUUAAGGGCGAAUCCAUGCCCUCCAAGGUGAUGACUGAGCGUAAGCUCCACAACGAGGUGCUUGGUAUUCUGGGAAGGGUGGGUGAAGGCAACCUGCCUACGAUGAAAAAGGAGCUUACCAACCUGCCAAUCCGUCAGUCCACCGACAAGGAAAUUCAAGAUGUUAUUCAGGUUAUCUUCAAUAAGUCUAUUCAGCCAGAGGACAGUAUUUUUGUUCCGUACUACGUGAAAUUGGUGGUGUCGCUUAUCAAUGACAUUGGCGAGGGUGAGCCGGCAGGGCGCUUAAUUCGCAAUGCGAUUAUCCGGCAGUGUCAGAGUACGUUUGAAAACGCUGAAGAGGCACAGGUGCAACUUGAGCGAGAAAUAGCAAAGCUACCUGAGGAGGAAGCCGAGCAACGUCGUCUAAUCUUUGCAGGAAAACAAAAGGCCAAUAUUAACUUUUUGGGUCUUUUGUUUACUCACGGCCUUGUUCGUGAGAAGGUAGUGUUGCACGUCCUUGAGUGGCUUCUCUACGGCACUGAACGCAGGCGUCGGUUCCCGGCAGAUUAUGAGUUGAUUCACUUCAUGAAUCUUCUCUUGACAUGCGGCAAAAGCUUUUCAAAGGAGGGUCAGGAAUUUGUUCCCAAGUUUCGUGCUGUGAUGGAGGAGCUCAUGCACACGCACCCGAAACGACGCAUGCAGUUUUUGCUACUCAACACUGUAGAGACGAUAGACAACAACUGGGAGCCGCCGUUUGGCGCCAGGGCGGCGUCUUCACAUGACAACGACAAUGAACGGCGGCAUGAGGCACAGCCGCCACCUCGGAAUAAAUUAGUACUAGCGCCCCCGAUGAAUCCAAUUCCGUCGCGGGAUGGGUUUUGGGCGGCGAUGGAUAAAUUCUUCGUUACGAGUAACGCUGAGGAGGUGAUAACUUUACUGGCAGACAUCCCCGAUGAGACACGCAUUGCGUAUUGUACCUCGGUGAUUCAUCGUUACAUGAUAACCACACGGUGCGUGCAGCAGCGUGCCAGACUUGGUGAACUGUUUGAGGAGCUGGCGAAUAAACGCGUGCUUCCCGUGGAGGAUGUGAAGAAGGCAUUGUUCAAUCAUCUGCGUGAUGCAGUGCGGGAGGACCUGUUUACAGAUGUCCCAAAGUACUUCAGUAAUUGGGCAGUUGUGGUGAAAGGUGGCCGCGACGUGUUUCCACCCUCGCUCCACACGGAAUUCCUUAACCUGCUUGUUGACAAUGGGGCUAGCCGAAAGACCCUGGUUAGCAUGGUGAAAGAGGUGCAUAAGCUGCAGAGCGAGACCCCGGGGGCGGUGGAGGGAGACGCGCGGUCGCGCUUCCGCGUCCUUCCAGCCCUGCUGCGCUACACACCCCCACUGCUUGCAGGCGAACCCGUGGAUGACUCCGAGGACAUCCUCAAACAGCUUAGUGAAUAUGACUCCGAUGUGAACUACUUUUAUCGCUUCUGUGAGCAAGUGGAUUCCAGAGAAGUCUUCAUGUGCACAAACUCCCUUGGAAAGACCCCACAUUUGGCCUUUUCGAUGGUCUCCACCAUUUUCACCUUUGUGCGCUUUGAUGUGGAGGCCCUCUGCCGCGAGUAUAAGGAGGCGGUGAAGAAGCUGGUGAACACCAAGCAGUUGCAUCUGCUGCUAGAGGAGGUUUACGUCACCUGGUUAGCCCUUGAUCGCACCCCCGAGAACAGCUUCCUACUCUUUGUUAAGGCCCUUCGCUCACUGAACGCGACAAGGGACCAACUGGACAAAUUUAAGACGCUCCUCACGAAGAAUUACGGUGCGACUGGCAGGAAGGAUGCCGCCAUGCUUGACAAACUAAAGUAG